UUGGUCACUCCGUUUAUUGGCAUACACUUGAGAAAUGAUGGGGAUUGGGUUAGUGAGGAUUUAGAAUUUUUUGGGAAAAGAUUUCAGAUUUUUUAUGGAACGUUGAAAUUUGGUUCUGGAAUUUCGAUUAUUUAAAAAUUGUAUUCCUGAAUCUGCGAUAUCACAUUGAUAAAUUAAAACUCAUACGUUUUUUUGUUAGGCCAGAGUAUGUGAACACCUCGACGUCGAAAAAAAUCGACCAAUAUUCGCAUCCGAACAAUGUUUGGGAGAAAAUCAUCACCGAGGAACAAUAACCAAAGAAAUAUGCGCGGCAAGCAAGCAAACAAUUCUGAAUCAAAUUAUUGAUCAAGUCGGAAAAAUUGGCGCCAAAUCUGUAUUUGUUGCAAGUGAUAAAGAUCAUAUGAUUGAUGAGAUCAAUGAGGCAUUAAAGCCAUAUGAGGUAUUGUGAUUUUAUUUUAAUUUUAAUUUUUAUUCAUAGAAUUUUCAGAUCACAGCAAUCCGCCAAGCUCAAGAUGACCCCUACAUUUCUCUAGCCAUUCUCGCUAGAUCCGAUUUAUUUAUUGGAAACUGUGUUUCUACAUUUUCACACAUCGUCAAACGGGAUCGCGAUUAUACAACAAGUAAACCAAGACCUUCCGAUUUUUUCGGAAUCGUUUCUGAAAAACGAAAAAUUGAACUGUAG